GCGGGUUCAGUUUGCAUGCUUGCUGUGUCGUUAGAUGAGUUGCCCUCAGUCAUCAAACUCACCGAAAAAUUAAAACUGCACAACGAUAUUGUGCAUAAAUGCAUGUCGUCCCAUGAAUACGUGCACAACAUAUGAUUCUAACUGUGCUAUUCGAAUAUUCAGUAAAGAAAUAAGGUAGUUUUGCAUGCCACGAAAAGGGAGAAGGUCUGAGGUUCAGAAGAAACGCUUUCAAAAGAAGAAGCUCUCUGGCUGUGGAAUUUCAGAUGGUCUACCACAGUCUUCUGACCUGGCUCAGUCCCAAAGGGAAACAGGGACCGUAUUGCUCAGUGUUUAUCGGCCUUUAUCGACAACCUAUAAUCAACUCAGCAAACUUAACAGACUAAGGUGGAUGCGAAGAGAAUCUCGCAAAAGGGGACUAGGGACAAAGGAGUUUUCACGCCUGAUGGCGAUGGAGAUGGAGGUGGACCUGGGGAGUCUGGAGCAGGAGCUGGAGGAGGAGCUGGGGGUGUCGCUGGACGAGCUGAAGCAGUGGAUCGAGGAGCAGGUGGAGCAGAGCGAGGUGGUGCAGCAGCGCAAGGCCCAGCUGGCUGAGCUCUCUGACUGGGUGGAGCAGAGGGAGAGAGAGGUGGCCACCGUGGAUAGCCUCUGCCACAACGCCUCAGAAUCUGUUGGGGAGUGUGAGGAGCUGGUCAAGCAGGUGUACACUAAGAUGGGUCUGACGUAUCGGGAGAGCAGUUCGGAGGAUGAAGGAGGCGGUGUUGUGGAGGCCUCGGAGGUCAUCGAGAUCGAUGAUGACGACGACGAUGACGUGAUAGCCGUGGGGUGUGUGGUCCCACCCAAGAAAAUCACCACCCCAGGGAAAGACUCUGUGCUGAAGGAAGCGUCUGCAGCGAUCCAGCGUAGCUCCCAGCAGAUCCAGAAGCUGGCCCAGACGGUCAGCAGCCCGCCGGCCCCCCCCUCUGCCGUUGGCUCCAGCCCCCAGAAGUCGCCCAUGGUGACGCCGCUGCGCUCGGGGGGGCUCAACGUGCCGGCCGUGUUUGUGUCGCAGGCGCCACGCAACGCCCCCACCCAGCCCAACGCCAACCUCAAGGAGGACGCCAUGAAGGUGGACAUGACCAUCCUGGGCAAGAAGCGCACCAAGACCUGGCACAAGGGCACGCUCAUCGCCAUCAAGGCCAUAGGUAGCACUUUUAAAUACAAGGUGAAGUUUGAGAACAAGGGCAAGAGUUUGCUGUCUGGCAACCACGUGGCGUUUGAGUACAACCCCACCCUGGAGCGGCUGUAUGUGGGUGCCCGCGUCGUGGCCAAGUACAAGGAUGGCAACCAGGUGUGGCUCUACGCUGGCAUCGUCGCGGAGAUGCCCAACAGCAAGAACCGCAUGAGGUUCCUGAUCUUUUUCGAUGAUGGCUAUGCCUCCUACGUCAGUCUGCCAGAGCUCUUCCCAGUCUGCAGACCACUGAAGCACACGUGGGAGGACAUUGAGGACGCGUCGUGCCGGGACUUCAUUAAGGAGUACAUCACGUCGUACCCCAACCGGCCCAUGGUGCUGCUGAAGCCGGCGCAGCUCAUCAAGACGGAGUGGGAGGGCACCUGGUGGCGCAGCCGCGUGGAGGAGGUGGACGGCAGCCUCGUCAAGAUCCUCUUCCUGGACGAUAAGCGCAGUGAAUGGAUCUACCGUGGGUCUACGCGGCUGGAGCCCAUGUUCAACUUGAAGAUGAACACGGCCAACAACCAGGAGAAGAAGGUGGCAGGACAGCUGAGGACCCGGCCCAACAUGGGAGCGCUGAGGACUAAGGGGCCAGUGGUGCAGUACACCAGUGAUCUCAGGGCAGUGGCCCAGACGGUCGUGCAGAGGCCCCUCACCACCCAGCCUGCACCCCCAAAACCCCCCCCAGGCCCCGGCCCCGGCCCCCCAGCACAGAUGCUCCGCCCAGAGAGCCCAGACAGUCGCUUCAAGUUCCAGGUGGCGAAGAAGAGCACCACGCCGUACGUCCCCCAGCGGCCGGGUCUGCUGCCCACCCACCAGGCGCCCGUCAAGACCGUGGUGCCCAUCCCCAGCCAGGGCAGCCCGUCCAGGUAUUUCCUGGUGCAGGCGGGUGCGGUGCAGGCCCUGUCCGGCACGGUUGUCCCGCAGCCCCCGCCAGCGUUCCAGAUGCCGUCCCUCCCCCCGCCCCUGCCCCCCUCCCUCCCCAACGAGCGCAUCCCCCACGAGCCGUCCUACCAGGCGCCCAACGACCGCCUCUUCUACAUGGCGCACACCUGCUCGCACGACUGCCUCCGCCGCAUCCGGCCCGCACGCGCCGACAAGUACCGCGGACGCAACCCGCUGCUCACGCCCCUGCUCUACGAGUUCCGCCGCAUGACCGGACGCAAACGCCUCAACCGCAAGAUGUCCUUCCACGUGAUCUACAAGGCGCCGUGCGGCCUGUGCCUGCGCAACAUGGCGGAGAUCGAGCGCUACCUGUUCCAGACGCGCUGCGACUUCGUGUACCUGGAGAUGUUCUGCCUGGACCCCUACGUGCUGGUGGACCGGCGCUUCCAGCCGCAGCGGCCCUACUACUUCAUCCGCGACAUCACCAAGGGCAACGAGGACAUCCCGCUGUCCUGCGUCAACGAGAUCGACACGACGCCGCCGCCCGACGUGGUCUACAGCAAGGAGCGCCUCCCCGCCGACGGAGUCUUCAUCAACACCGACGAGGACUUCCUGGUGGGCUGCGACUGCACCGACGGCUGCAAGGACAAGUCUAAGUGUUCGUGUCACCAGCUGACCAUGCAGGCCACGGGCUGCACUCCUGGCGGCCAGCUCAACACCACCGCCGGCUACUUGCACAAGCGGCUGGACGAGUGCCUGCCCACAGGGAUCUACGAGUGCAAUAAGCGCUGCCGCUGUAACCACCAGAUGUGCACUAACCGGCUGGUGCAGCACGGCCUGCAGGUGCGGCUGCAGCUGUUUAAGACCCAGAACAAGGGCUGGGGCAUCCGCUGCCUGGACGACGUGGCCAAGGGCUCCUUCGUCUGUAUCUACGCAGGCAAGAUCCUGACGGACGACUUUGCGGAUAAGGAGGGUCUGGAGAUGGGCGAUGAGUACUUUGCCAACCUGGACCACAUCGAGAGCGUGGAGGCCUUUAAGGAGGGCUACGAGAGCGAGGCCCACUGCUCCGACAGCGACGGCAGCGGAGUGGACAUGAGCAGGGUCAAGCUCAACGCCAACGCCACGCCCGCCCUGCAGGUCAAAGCCGCCAUCAAGAACGAGGACAGCAGCAGCAACGGCGGCAAAGGCAAAGAUGAUUCCUCAGGAGAUGGAGAAGAGGAGGAGAACGAGGACUCUAACGACGAUGACGACGACAGCUCGGACGACACGUUUGUGAAGGACACGUACUACUCGUCCAGCUCCGUGUGGAGGAGCUACACCACGCGCAGGCAGGCCAAGGGCAUCAAGGAAGGGAGCCAGGACAGUAAGGAUGGCAUGAGUGUGUCGACGGAGGGCAAGGAGGAGCGCAAGCCGCCGCCCAUGCCAGAGGAGAGCGGCAAGAGCAAGGUGGCGUCGUGGCUCAGCUCCUCCCCUGGCACCAGCGGCGCCGUCAAGACCGAGGGCAUCAAGACCGAGAAGAAGGAGCCAGUGGACUCUAAGAUAACUGUGAAAACGGAGGGAGGCAAGAAGGCAACGGAUGUGAUGAGUCUCUCUGAUAGUGACGAUGUGCAGACCAUCAGCUCCGGUUCAGAUGACAAUAAGGAGCGAGAGAAGAAGACUCAGGCGGUGGUGAAGAGGCAGGUGGCGGUGAAGUCCACACGGGGCAUUGCUCUGAAGACGGCUCAUGGCAUGCUGUCAGGCGGUGGAGGAGGGGGAGGAGGAGGAGGAGGAGGAGGAGGAGGAGGAGGAGGAGGAGGAGGGGGGGGUGACUCUGGCCUCAGGUCUACACGACAGUUCUUCGACGGUGAGGAGUCCUGUUAUAUCAUUGAUGCCAAACUGGAGGGAAACCUUGGACGCUAUCUCAACCACAGCUGCAGUCCCAAUCUCUUUGUGCAGAACGUGUUCGUUGAUACCCAUGACCUGCGUUUCCCAUGGGUAGCCUUCUUCGCCAGCAAGCGUAUCCGGGCGGGCACAGAGUUGACGUGGGAUUAUAACUAUGAGGUUGGCAGCGUGGAGGGCAAGGAGCUGCUGUGCUGCUGUGGAUCCACAGAGUGCAGGGGUCGCCUGCUCUAACGGCCCCACACACCGCCAAACACCGACAUGCGCGCCAAACAUCACCGCCACGCGCCGCUAAACAUCACCGUCACGCGCCGCCAAACAUCACCACCACCCGCGCCAAACUCCCAUGGCAGUGGCGGCCUGAACAAAGAAAGAAAGAAAGAAUCAGAGGAGCACAGAAACAGGCAGCAGGGAGAAGCAGUCGCACAAUCUUACACACACACACACACACACACACACACACACACACACGAGUGAAAGCUAAGGACGUUGGCCCAGAGAGAGCUGCUCCUUAUGGGACUGCCCUGGUGUGGGCCUGGACCCAGACUGCGUUCUAGUCCCCAGAGAGAACUUCCUGUGUGGGGGAGAGGGGUCACGAGGACACUAAGCAUCAGGGCUCAAGAGGACACUAGGCCUCACACUGAGGCUGGACAUUGCAGCCCAUGUUGUUACAGGACACCAAGUCCCACCAUGCAUUUCACCCGCCCUGAGUAGCAGGCCGCAUUGCCUUACUACUGAGCCCAUGGCACUGAGUGAAGUGACCUACAUCUUUAUCCUUCUCUCUCUCUUUCUGUUUCUCUUUUGUUAUGGUUUUUCCCUCACUCUCAUCCUUCUCUCUCUCUCUCUCUCUCUCUCUCUCUCUCCCUUUCUGUUUCUCUUUUGUUAUGGUUUCUCCCUCACUCUCAUCCUUCUCUCUCUCUCUCUUUCUGUUUCUCUUGGUUUCUCCCUCACUCUCAUCCUUCUCCCUUCAGACCUUUUCUCUGUCAUGCCAUCUCUCUCUCACGGCAUUGGUUUACCAGAUUUCCUCUGUUUACUAUCGGAUUUGUUUUCCAAAUGCAGUUUUGUAUUAAUUGUUGUUGUUGUUGUUGUUUUGUGUAUGCCCAGGAGUGUCAUUAUGUACUUUAGUCUCAAUUAAAGUUCUACAUUUAAGGACCAAAA